AUGGACCGAUGCAGAGGGAACUUGCCCUCGUUCCAUAGCAACGUUGCUAAUGCGGACAUUAUCGAGCGAGACAGACUCUUCGAGAGAUGCCGUUCAGCCCGACCCGUCUCGGACGUGUCGUAUGCCUCGUCAAAGGGAUUGGUCCCUUUGUCUUCGACUGAUGACAUCGAUGGACAGCCGCCUUCUUGCCGAGCUCUGACUGAGCCUCUCUAUACGGACUUUUUCCUUCGUGUAAUCAGUAUCGUGAGCUCGUUGACAAAUCCAAAACUGACAAGCUUCAGAAGGCUAGCACAGUCCGACAUGGAGUUCAAAGUCAGGAUGUACAGCCACUCGGUUUGUUCCUUUGUUUGCUGCGAGUCUACGCAUGAAGUCGUCAUACACGAUGUCGAUUGGCGGGUUGCGGUCGACACCAACCAGAACAAUGACAGCAAGCCGAUCGUGCAUUAA